CCAAAUCAACAAUUACUUGAAUUAAUUAAAAAUUAUUGUACAAAGGUUAAAUUUUUUGAUUUACCUGGAUUUAAUAAACAAAAUAUAAAUAUAGCAUUUGAUUUAAUUGAAAAUUUCAAACAAAAUCUUAGUUAUCUUACUAUUAGUAUUGGUGUCAAUAGGUUUUUUAGUUAUGAUUAUGAUGAUAAUGUACUUAGUUCAAAUGUAUUAUUAAAAUUAGGACAAUUUCUUCCUCCUCAAUUAGAAUAUUUAAGUUUGACUCUUAUGAUCAAUGCAAGUGAUUUUGAAGUAUUCUUGAAAUCUUCUCAAAAUACCUUUAUUAAGAAAUUAUUAAUUAGAAAUAGAAUAUAUGAAGAAUGUGAAGAUAUUUUACCAUACAUAAAGAAAUAUAUCAUGAAAAGUAAGAGAGUUGAAUAUUUAGCUAUUGUAGGAGCUUUCCUUAGAGAGGAUGAAGAUUUGUUUUCUUUAAAAGAUGAAGUGAAGGAAUUUGAAUUACAUAAUAUUAAGGUUUUAAAUUAUUAUGAGCUAAAAAUUGAUUGUUACAACUUUAUAAAAGAAAUGUAUUAGUUACCUUUCAGUGUCA